ACAGACAUGACUGAAAGUUUAGAAACUGAAACUCUAGAAAAUGAAUUAGAAGAUCUUAUUAAUCAACUUCUGAUAAUCAACUUACUAUUAGCAAUGGAAUUUAUUAAUAUCGAUGAAGAUAUAGCAGAUAAGAAAGGAACAAUUAUUAAGGAAAUAGCUGAUAUAGUAAAAAGUAUUGGUGUAGAAGAGAAAAGUAAAGAAGUUAGUGUUGAGAAGAUGUUUGUUUAUGAAGUGCUUAAAUAUAUAACAUUGCUUCAAAAUUUUAUAAGUCAGAACAACUUAGAUGUAGAU